GCGCAGCGCCUGGCUGCAUCUUUAUCCCAGCAGACCCCUCCCCUCUCUCUCUCUCUCUCUCUCUCUCACACACACACACCCCUCUCUCUCUCUCUCUCUCUCUCUCUCUCCUCUCUCUCUCUGUCUGUCUCUCCGUCUGCCUGCCAGCUGAUGAUGACUGGAGGUGAAGCCGUUUUUUCUCUCCCCUCGUCAUCCCGGGGAAACCUGGACGGACGGACGGACUGACGGCGGUUUUGGAUUUUUGGCUACUUCUUGGUGAUGACAGCGGGAGGAAACAGCGAAUUUAAAGAAAACACACCAAAACCGAGAGAAAGAGGGGACAGAACCCAGCACAGUGCACAGUAACGCAGAGAGAAACAUAACAACUUCCAGUGUCCUCAGGGCGGUCUGCGGGGUGCUUUGGAGCUGUUGACACCGGAAAGACUGGAGCAAACCUCCCUCUCUUUGCUCUAGUUCAGAGAUGGAGUUCCCGGACGACCUCCUGCUGGACGAGCUGAGCCAUCUGGAGCUCUACAACAACUCGCUCUUCCAGAGCAACUUCAGUGCUUACAACGAGACCGAUGCCUUACUGCCAACUGGAGUGAAGGUCACCAUCGUGGUCGUCUACAUGAUUGUCUGUGUCAUCGGCCUUGUGGGCAACUUCCUGGUCAUGUAUGUCAUCAUAAGAUACACUAAGAUGAAGACGGCCACUAACAUCUACAUCUUUAACCUGGCUCUGGCUGACUCCUUGUUCCUGGCUACUUUACCUUUCCAGGGCACUGACGUGUUUCUGGGCUUCUGGCCAUUCGGGAAUGCUCUGUGCAAGGCGGUUGUGUCUAUCGACUACUACAACAUGUUCACCAGCACCUUCACCCUGACAGUGAUGAGUAUGGAUAGGUACGUGGCCGUCUGCCACCCUGUCAAAGCUCUGGACAUGAGGACUCCUCACAAGGCCAAGGUGGUGAAUAUCUGUGUGUGGGUGUUGGCUUCAGCCUUUGGUGUCCCAGCCAUGGUCAUGGGGAAUGUAGAGGAGGAGCAAGAACAUAACAGCGUUGAGUGCAUCGUGGUUUUACCUGAACCAAGGAGUCACUGGGAUCCUGUCUUCGGCACCUGCGUCUUCCUCUUCUCCUUCCUCAUCCCUGUGGCUAUCAUCAGCAUCUGUUACAGCCUGAUGGUCAAGCGCCUGCGCAACGUUCGUAUCCUGUCUGGCUCCAAGGAAAAGGACCGCAACCUGCGGCGCAUCACCAGGAUGGUCCUGGUGGUGGUGGCAGCAUUUGUUGUGUGUUGGACCCCAAUCCAGAUCAUGGUCCUGGCUCAGUCGCUGGGAUUCAACCUGAGCAGCUUGUUUACGCUGGUCCUGAUGCACUUCUGCAUUGCACUAGGUUACGUCAACAGCAGCUUGAAUCCUGUGCUCUACGCCUUCCUGGAUGAGAACUUCAAACGCUGCUUCCGUGAGUUCUGCCACCCAUCGCCAUUCCGCCUUGACACCCAGCAGUCAGGUAGGAUGAGGAGCAUUGCAAGGGAGGUGGCAGCUGCCUAUAGCUGCAAGGCCGGAGAUGGCGGGGGACCUGGCGGAGGGACACCUAAUCCAGCAUGACUAGGCGUGGAGCUCCCAUUGGUGGGGGUAGACCCCCCACAGAGGGGAGAGAACCAGGGGACAGGGAACUCCAACACAGAAUUGACUCAGAUUACAGCUCUCUAGCGGCACGAGCCCCCCCAUCCCCCAACUAGA